AUGCUUUCUCACGCCGACCUCCUGGAUGCUCGGCUCGGGAUGAAGGAUGCUGCGGAGUUACUCGGACACCGAGAGGCUCUCAAGUGUCGGCUGGGCGGUGGGGUGCCAGACCAGGGGCAUCCGGGAGACAUGGCCCCUGGUUCAGACUCUGUGGAGGGGACCACUCUCCUGCCGGGAGAAGACAUCGCCACCGUGGGAUCCAACUCUGCCGGCAUGCCGGUGAACGGGAAGGAGCAGGAGAAGCAGCAGCAGCAACCGCAGCAGAGCUCCGGGCAGACCUCCAGCCAGCAGAAACAGAAGCGGCACAGGACGCGCUUCACCCCGGCGCAGCUCAACGAGCUGGAGCGCAGCUUCGCCAAAACCCACUACCCUGACAUCUUCAUGAGGGAGGAACUGGCGCUGAGGAUCGGCCUGACGGAGUCCAGAGUCCAGGUUUGGUUCCAGAACAGACGCGCUAAGUGGAAGAAGAGGAAGAAGACCACCAAUGUUUUCCGCGCCCCGGGGACGCUGCUCCCAACACCGGGCCUGCCACAGUUCUCUGCCGCGGCCGCAAUGGAGAACAGCCUGUGCUCCUUCCACGCCAACGACUCUCGCUGGGCCACGGGGAUGCCGGGGGUGUCCCAGCUGCAGCUCCCGCCGGCCCUGGGUCGCCAGCCUGGCAUGCCACAGUCGCUGUCACAGUGCAGUCUGGGUCCAGGCCCGCCACCAAACUCCAUGGGUCUCUCCAACGGCCUGUCCUCCAACGGCUCCGGUCUGCAGUCCCACCUCUACCAGUCGCCUUUCCCCGGAAUGUCGGCCUCUCUCUCCGGCCCCACGAACGUAACGGGCUCCCCGCAGCUGUGUAGUUCCCCGGACAGUGACAUGUGGAGAGGGACAAGCAUCGCGUCACUGCGGCGCAAAGCGCUGGAGCACACAGUGUCCAUGAGUUUCACUUAG